AUGGAGCAUUUUCACAAAACUCUCCUGCACGCUGGCCCACAAUUACUAUUGGGAGUAGUUCGGCAACAAUUCUGGCCUCUAGGAGGGAGAAACGUAGCGAGACAGGUAGUACAUCGAUGUUUGCGAUGCUACCGUACAAAACCAUCCACCGUCCAGCAGUUUAUGGGUGAAUUGCCAUCCCCACGCGUAAUCGUUUCCCGUCCAUUUACUAAAACCGGCGUAGACUAUUUUGGACCCGUCUACAUCCGACCAGCUCCAAGACGAACUGCAGUAAAGGCUUACGUAGCUGUAUUUGUUUGCCUCUGUACCAAAGCGGUACACCUAGAGCUUGUCACCGAUCUCUCUACGGAACGUUUCCUUCAAGCUCUGAGGCGAUUUAUUGCACGUCGAGGAAGGCCAUCCGACAUUUAUUCAGAUAAUGGCACCAAUUUUGUUGGCGCCAGAAAUCAACUAACCGAACUUUUCCGUAUGUUUAAGGACAACCAGCACCAUGACCGUGUCACCACCGAGCUUGCCGAAAAUGGAGUACAGUGGCAUUUCAUACCGCCGAAAGCGCCACAUUUUGGUGGUCUCUGGGAGGCAGCAGUCCGAUCUGCGAAAAAUCAUCUACUGAAGGUGAUCGGAGAAACUGUUGUCUCAUCAGAAGAUUAUGCUACACUGCUGGCACAAGUCGAAGCCUGUCUUAAUUCCCGUCCAUUGGUUCCUAUGUCUGAUGAUCCUGACGAUUUACAGCCUUUAACUCCUGCACAUUUCCUGGUGGGCUCGUCAUUGCAAUCCCUUCCUGACGUCAAUAUGAAAGCUGUUUCGUCGAAUCGGCUGAAUCAGUAUCAACUAAUCCAACAGAAACUCCAACACUUCUGGAACCGAUGGAAGCGCGAAUAUUUGAUCCAAUUACAAGCUCGAACUAAACGAUGGAAGCCAGCUAUCCCAGUGCAACCAGGAAAACUGGUCGUAAUCAAGGAUGAAAACGCUCCGCCGAUCCGCUGGAAAAUAGGAAGAAUUAUUGCUUUGCAUCCCGGAGAAGACAAUGUUACCAGAGUUGUUACUGUGAAGACUGCCACCGGUGAACUCAAGCGUCCGGUGGAAAAGAUUUGUAUUCUGCCCAUUCCUGUGAACGAUGAGCUAGACUGCAACCACGACCAUGAGAAUGCUCAGUUAUAA